AAAAGAUGGGGUGGCCUGGCAUCAGGGCCUUGGACUCCUGGGGUUGGGAUGGGGGUGGGGGUGUAUACUUCUGGAUUGGGGAUGGGGCUAGACUCUGGAAACACUUUGGUCUCGCAGAAGAGAAAUAGGCCAGGCAAGUGGGAGUGGGCUCGGAACCUAAAGCCAGACAGAACGUAUGCUUUUGCGUAUGUUUGGUGUGUUAAAAGGAUGGAUGGAUCCCCCAAGAAGUGCCCCCAAUGCCAGGGCGCCGCUCGUCAUUCCUCCACACCCCCAGCGCCCGCUUCAGUUUUCUGUGUCCAGAGCUCUGUUCCAAGCUUCUGGUGCCCUCAUUUGCUCCUGUCCCUUUCCCCAUCUCCUCCCCCAACCUCCGCCUCUGGGCCUGGCUCUGCCUGUUCCCGAGUCUCCAGCUCUUUCCAUCUGGCUGGACUGAGACUUCAAGUCUUGGUCCUUUCUGCCUCUUCCUGUGCCCCAGUCUUUGCUCCCCUCCUGUGCACCCCCCCCCCUCGCUGGCUGGCUGGGGCUGGCUGGCUGGUUCUUGAUGCUGUCUCUCUCUUCCUCCCACGCAUGCAUCUCCUUCCCCCUCUCACUGAUCCUCAGCUCAGGCCUCUGUGGCCUGAUCAAUCCUCUUCUGGUUUUUGUCAGUCAGUCCUCCCUGUCUGUCCUCCCUGUCUGUCCUCCAGCUCCCUGUUUCUUUCCCAGUUUCCCGUUUGUCUCUUGUCCUUUUGCUUCCUGCGGGCCUCACCUCCAUCCACACCUUUUCCUGGCAUCCCGGCAUCAUUAUUAUAUAUGCCCACCUGUUUGUUCCCUUUCCCCUCCUCCUUUGUGCUUGCACUGUGGUCCUCUCCCCGCCCCCCCCCCCCUACUCCGGAGAGGCCUUUUAUCUCCUAGCCCAACUUCUCACAGUCUCUUCUUUCAGUGACACAAGCUGUGAGACUGAGGAGGAUACUGGGGGGUGGGGGGGGCAGAAGCAUAGGAUGCUCUAGGAAGGGGGACCCCAGUUGCUGAUAUUUCACUAAGAAGAUGGGGGGCAGUGCUUGUGAGCCAGGGGAUGAGGCAGGACAUUGGCUAAGGGAGGGGUUGGAGGAAAGUGGGAAGGGCAAGGGUCUUGUAGCAUGGAGGGCCAGAUUGUGGAAUUGGGGCUGCUUGAGACCAAGGAAAAUGAAGUGCAGGGGCUGGGAGCCAUGGAGAAUAUUUGCGUGCAAACUCCCGGCCUCAGGAAGUUAAAGAAGAUUCCAGAUGUCUUUGCAAGAUGGGGCCAUUAUGUCUUGGGUCGGGAGGGGAACGAGGCUCUUGAGGGGUAGUGGUACUACAGUGCUGGGGAGUGUGGUAUCAGAGUUCAAGGAGUGUCUGGAAGAGUGCCAGAGGAAGCCUCAGGUCAGGGCUUCCGCCAAGGGAUGGGAGAUGCCCCAAUAUCCACAGAAAACGGGGAGUGGGUUGAAGGUGGAGGACUGAGACUGGGGGAUAGACCUUUAAGGGGUCCAGGAUGAGGUAAAGAAGAACGAGGCUCUUUCUUUAGAGAGGUGGCAGGUGAGGAUAGGAGAUGCUGGGGGUGGGAGGGACAGAGCUGAAGGCUGGUACGGAGACAGGGAAGGGGUGGAGAAUGGCGUCGGGGUUGGGAGAUUUUGGAAAACUGAAGGCUGAGGACAAGGAUCCAGGGAGGGUGUGGGGUGAGAGGAGAGACAAAGACUAGUUAGGGAGGGACUGGCGGGGUGUGGAGAGAGGUUGUAGGAUAAGGAGGGUCGGAGGCUGUGUGCCACGGAGGGUGAGAUUGUGGAUGACUUCAGCAGCCAGUGACUAUUGGCUAGACAACAGCGCUUCCUUGGAGGAGAAAAUGACAGUUGAUUCAUGGGUAUGGAAUCUAUUAUGGGGCCUGAAAUGGCUGGGAGUUUCUGGGCUUGAGAAAUAGCAGUAAGAGAGAAGAGAGACCUUGGUAGGAGAGGGAGAACCUAGGAAGGGACUGGGAAUCCUCACGCUUGGUCGGUUUCAAAUAUUUGUCUAAGGAGGAAAUAGAUUGGGGACCCCCGGAAGGAGUCUCUUGGCAGCCUCACCUCAUUGCCAUAGAGACGUGGCUUCGGUUGCCCUGGCAAUUGGGGAAGCCCCUAGGACAAUUCUAAAGCUGGCCCCGCCCUGCAGUUUAGCUAGAGACCAGGCUGGGCUGCGUUGAGGCCACUGACGUCAGGGACCAGGGCACGCCUCGCUUUAACCCUUUCCUUAAUGACAUGGGGGCAGGGAGGAGGGGAGGCAGUAGAGGAGCAGGCUAGGUUCUGGAUGCUUUUUACAUUCCUCCUUCCUGAUGUUCUUUGCACUGCAUAGGGUGAGGGGCUCCAAGCAGAGAGGAAGGCAGGUUUAUUCAGGAUGCACUGCGCCCACGCCCACGAAUAGAAUCCUCCUGGCCUCAUGGGCUGGCUAGCGGUAGGCGGGUCUAGAGCCUGAGAGAUGGGACUCAUCGAGUCCUUUGCUCUAGGGAGUCUGUCGAACCCUAGGCCACGCCCCCACCCGUUGUCCUGACUACCAGGCCUCCUGGAGGUGGGUCUCCCCAGGUCUUGGCUGGUCUUAGAUACUGUUGCUAGGCAACCUGGUCCCUGGAGGAAGGGGUGGAUUGGAUGGCGGGUGGGUGAGAGAGAGGGAGGGACCAGAAGCUGGGGAAACCCCGGAUUCUCAUGGCGCAAGAUUUAGAGCAAAUGUAUGCCAAGGCCAAUUCUCCCCCUGUGAUUGUCAACACGGACACCCUAGAAGCCCCAGGAUAUGAGUUGCAGGUGAACGGAACAGAGGGGGAGAUGGAGUAUGAGGAGAUCACAUUGGAAAGGGGUAACUCAGGUCUGGGCUUCAGCAUCGCAGGUGGCACCGACAACCCACACAUCGGUGACGACCCAUCCAUCUUUAUCACCAAGAUCAUUCCUGGUGGGGCUGCAGCCCAGGAUGGCCGCCUCAGGGUCAACGACAGCAUCCUGUUUGUCAAUGAAGUGGAUGUCCGGGAGGUGACCCAUUCAGCUGCAGUGGAGGCCCUCAAAGAGGCGGGUUCCAUCGUUCGCCUCUACGUCAUGCGCCGGAAACCCCCAGCUGAGAAGAUCAUAGAGAUCAAGCUUAUCAAAGGGCCUAAAGGACUUGGCUUCAGCAUCGCAGGGGGCGUUGGGAACCAGCACAUCCCUGGAGAUAAUAGCAUCUACGUAACCAAGAUCAUCGAAGGAGGCGCUGCCCACAAGGAUGGCAGGUUGCAGAUCGGAGACAAGAUCCUGGCGGUCAACAGUGUGGGGCUAGAGGAUGUCAUGCAUGAGGACGCCGUGGCAGCCCUGAAGAACACAUAUGACGUUGUGUACCUAAAGGUGGCCAAGCCCAGCAAUGCCUACCUGAGUGACAGCUAUGCUCCCCCAGACAUCACAACCUCAUAUUCUCAGCACCUGGACAAUGAGAUCAGUCAUAGCAGCUACUUGGGCACCGACUACCCCACAGCCAUGACCCCCACUUCCCCUCGGCGCUACUCCCCCGUGGCCAAGGACCUGCUAGGGGAGGAAGAUAUUCCCCGGGAACCAAGGCGGAUCGUGAUCCAUCGGGGCUCCACCGGCCUGGGCUUCAACAUUGUGGGCGGCGAGGACGGUGAAGGCAUCUUCAUCUCCUUCAUCCUUGCUGGGGGUCCAGCUGACCUCAGUGGGGAGCUACGGAAGGGGGACCAGAUCCUGUCGGUCAAUGGUGUUGACCUCCGCAAUGCCAGUCAUGAACAGGCUGCCAUUGCCCUGAAGAACGCGGGUCAGACGGUCACGAUCAUCGCUCAGUAUAAACCAGAAGAGUAUAGCCGAUUCGAGGCCAAGAUCCAUGAUCUUCGGGAACAGCUUAUGAAUAGUAGCCUGGGCUCAGGGACUGCAUCUCUGCGAAGCAACCCCAAGCGGGGCUUCUAUAUCAGGGCCCUGUUUGACUACGACAAGACCAAGGACUGCGGUUUCUUGAGCCAGGCCCUGAGCUUCCACUUUGGGGAUGUGCUUCAUGUAAUUGACGCCAGCGACGAAGAGUGGUGGCAAGCGCGGCGGGUCCACUCUGACAGUGAGACCGAUGACAUUGGCUUCAUUCCCAGCAAACGGCGGGUCGAGCGACGAGAGUGGUCAAGGUUAAAGGCCAAGGACUGGGGCUCCAGCUCUGGAUCACAGGGUCGAGAAGACUCGGUUCUGAGCUAUGAGACGGUGACGCAGAUGGAAGUGCACUACGCUCGCCCCAUCAUCAUCCUUGGGCCUACCAAAGACCGUGCCAACGAUGAUCUUCUCUCCGAGUUCCCCGACAAGUUUGGAUCCUGUGUCCCUCAUACGACACGUCCUAAGCGGGAAUAUGAGAUAGACGGCCGCGAUUACCACUUUGUCUCCUCCCGGGAGAAAAUGGAGAAGGACAUUCAGGCGCACAAGUUCAUUGAGGCUGGCCAGUACAACAGCCACCUCUACGGGACCAGCGUCCAGUCUGUGCGAGAGGUAGCAGAGCAGGGGAAGCACUGCAUCCUUGAUGUCUCAGCCAAUGCCGUGCGGCGGCUGCAGGCGGCCCACCUGCACCCUAUCGCCAUCUUCAUCCGUCCCCGCUCCCUGGAGAAUGUGCUAGAGAUCAAUAAGCGGAUCACAGAGGAGCAAGCCCGGAAAGCCUUCGACAGGGCCACGAAGCUGGAGCAGGAGUUCACGGAGUGCUUCUCAGCCAUCGUAGAGGGCGACAGCUUUGAAGAGAUCUAUCACAAAGUGAAACGUGUCAUCGAAGACCUCUCAGGCCCCUACAUCUGGGUCCCAGCCCGAGAGAGACUCUGAUUCCUGCCCUGGCUUGGCCUGGACUCACCCUGCCUCCACCACCUGGGCCCUUGGUCUGGACUGAAUAGCCCAAGCCCUUCGUACCCUAGCCUUUCUUCCCACCCUUCUUAUUUAUUUCCUUUCUGACUGGAUCGAGCCCAUUGGAGGGAGGACACUCCUCUCUGCAUGUAUCCCUGCACCCCAGAUCAGGGCCCCUAGACCCCAGGAACCUGGGGUCUGGGGGGGAGCUGGGCUCCUGGUUCCGAGCCCUUGCUCCUUAAGACUCCUACCCCUGCCCGCCCCCAUGCACACACAGACCCACUGGGGGCCUCUGCCCUCCCCAUUUUCUCCCACACACAUUCCAGAAGUCAGGGCCCCUCUCAAGGAGUACCCGCUGUAGGGAUGCAGGGCCACAGGCUUCCGCGCUCUCCCGAGGCAGGGGCUGGGGUCACCCCUGCCCCAUCAUAACUCCCCACGCCGUUUGAGUUCUCCUUUAUUUUCUCCAUUCUUUUCUUCUCAAAGGUGGUUUUUGGGGGGAGAAGCAGGGGGGCUCUCCUGAGGGUCCCCCCGUCUUUCACACACCUCCCACCUUUUUUCUUUGCCGGUUUGCAUGAGUGGAAGGUCUAACUGUGGCUUUUUUUUUUUCUGGGAUUUUAUUUCAUUUUAUUUGAUUUUAUUUUUUUGGGAAAAGGGGAGGGAUGGGUCUGGGGAGUGGGGAAUGUGGGAGGGGGGUGGGGGGGCAAAGGGUCAGGGGUUGGGUGUCCGGGAGCCAGGGGAGGACAGGAAAUGCUGCCGCCUUCUGCAAUUUAUUUAUUUUUUUCUUUUGAGAGAGUGAAAGGAAGAGACAGACACUUGAAACCC